GAACAAUGGAAGGGUUCCUGCACCACAUGGCGCCGCAGUUCCUGCACCCCGCGCUGCAGAGCUUCGGCUGCGGCGCCUUCCGGCCCAUCGGGGGCGCCUUCCACCCCCUGUACCCGGGGAAAGCCUUCGCAAGGCACCUGGGGGAGCAGUACGCUCUCGGGCAAUCCGUCGGGCAAGCUCUCAGGAGCGUCCGGGACGACAGUAGCACGCCGCCACUGUACCGGCACUACCCGCGCGACGACACCAGCUCCCCUGGCUCCGCUGCCUCCGCGUCACCGCGGCCCUGCAAGGACGACGAGCCGCCCACCACAGCGCCCUGCACUGACUCGCAUGAUUUCUUCUCCCCUGAUGGCGAGCGCAAGUCAGCAUGUGGCGUGUGCGGCGCGCGGCUCGGGCCGGGCGUGGCGCAAGCACACUUUCUGCAGGAGCUGCAACACCUGUACAGCCUGAGCGCAUUGCCACGAGACGCCGCGCCGCCCGCUCACUCGCUGCAUCACCAGGACGAGGACGCGCGCUGGGAAACGUACCAGCGCAUCCGCGCCAACCGGCAGCGGCGACUGAAGCUGCGCACCCGCAAGCGGCAUCACACCGUGGAGAGCAUGCUCGGGUACGACCUGGAGGAGGAGCGGCGCGAGGAGCGGCCGCGCGAGCCGCGCUACGACGCCGAGGACGAGCCCGUCGACGUGGAGGGCGACUCGCUCGGCUGGCCCGACCAGCCCAUCAACCUCGACGAAAAGGAAACACGAAACGACGGUGAAAAGUUGCACCUGAAUUACGCCGAGGACCUUGAAAUAUCAAGCACGAACGAUGCCAUGCAGUCACCAGAACGCGUGAGGAUUGAAACUCCAAAGCCGCUGUCACUUGAGUGCGCGCCGAAGACGGAAGGCGCGGAGAGGCCGGCGGAGGUGUCCACGUCGGAGUGGUCUGCCGGGGCGCCCGCCGCGCGCGACGCCUGGCCGGCCAUCGCCGCCGAGGCCUACGCGCACGCCGCGCGCCACAAGCUCGACGGAGAAAACUUACCCUCCUCUACCGACUCGCGCAACUAAACCACUCGCCCACUCCCAAA